UUAGUGUUGUUGAAAUUUUGAGCAAACAUGAAUGUCUCGUUGGCCCUCCUGCUGAUGCUGUCGCUUUUUCUUUAUCAGCCUACACCAGGAACUGGCGUGAUCAAAGAAGGCAGGAAGCUCAUCGACGUGCCGGAGGGUUGCCCAGAGGGAAGCGGUUUCUCCGUUACAGGAGAGGGUUGUUUGGAACCAUUCAAAUUGUUCCUCAACAAAACUAAAACCAACACUAAGACAAACACUAAGGCAAGUACUAAAGCGAGCACUCAUCGACCAAGCACUUAUCGACCGAGAACUUUUCGACCAAGCACUCGACAUUAAAUGAUUGUUUGUAUAAGGCCAGUAAGAUAUGCAACAUCGAUAAUUUAAGACCUUUAAUUCUCUUUGUAAAAUUACCAAAUAUAUUAUAAAGAUUAGUGUAUAAAAAAUAAUGUUGAUAAAUAAAUAAGG